AUGUUCGAAUUUGUGACCCUCCAUCGAGAUCCUUCUCCAUCUCGUAAAAGAUCUUCGAUCGGAAAGAAUCAUAACUCAAGCAACAGCAGCUUAGCCAGUGAAUAUGCAGCUUUGGCAGCUACCCAAGUCAAGAUUUCAGUGCUGGGAUCGGAGCAAGUGGGUAAAACAACCUUAAUCAAUCAAUACGUUACAAAGCAACAUCAACAAGCUACAUGUACAAAGGUUCAUGAGCCAACCGUUUACAACUUUUCCUAUGCCACAGUGAAUAUGAAUGUGCAACAUGGUUCAGGACGUAAUAGUGGAUCCUCUUCGUCCCAUCAUCAUUAUGAUUCCUCACAAUUACCUCCUCAACAACAACAACAACAGACAAAGCCUUUUUGUUUGUACUUUUCAGAAUGUUCUGCUCGUGAAGAGUAUUCGCAACUGAGACAAAUUAGCUAUGAGCAAACUGAUAUUUUCGUUGUGUGUUUUCGAUUGGACGAUGAAAGGUCGUUUGUGGAGGCCAUUGAUACAUGGAUGUCAGAGGCUAAACAUGCAGCUUGUCAGGCAGCAAACAGCACCGCAACUAGUGUUCACAGAUCCAGACUGGUCCUACUUGGAUUGAGAUUCAUCGACAACAGUACUGGGGAAUUGUUGCAAAAUGCUUCGUCAGAAUCCACAUUUAUCAAUCAGGAAACAGAAUCAAUGCUUAAAACGACUGAGGAAAAACUCAUCACUGAUGUCACCACACAAAGGAGAAUCUCUUUGGAAUCAUUGCCAUCACUAAAUCUUGAGGUUAUUGACAUCAAGGCAGAACAACCCGAACUAGUGUUGAACCCAAUCAAAAGUAGUAGUGGUUUUAGACCACGCCUCAAAUCCUAUUCAUCACGAAAGAGAUCACAACCACUAUGCUGUUCCUCUUUCAAUGAGAAACGAAGAGGAUGUACAGUUCACCUUAAUAACUUGAGCGUUGGAGGAUCUUUGAAUUAUACUUUCAUGGCGAACGAUUCAAAUAGAAAAGUCAGUUGGGGAAUGAUCGAGCAAGGAAGAAAAGAGUUGCUGAAGCGAGGAGUAGACCAUGUGUACUAUGAGUGUUGUGCUACUAACCAAGGAAAUGUGCAAUUUGUGAUUGAGGAAUGUGUGAGAGAAUAUUAUCACCAACUCAUGGCUAAUGCAACCUCAUCAAAUUCAAAACGAUUCUCCAAUCGAGUAUCCUUGUAA